GAGUCAUUCACAGACGCGCGAAUUAGGUCGAUUCGUUCGCGCUUCACUACCCGACACCACCGAAGAAGAAAACCAGGAAGUCAACAAGCGUCGAUCACAUGGAAGGUGACGUCACAAACAGGAAGGGCUCAGCUCUAACAGGAAGUGCGCGCAAGAUCAAAGACAAUGCCGCCGACUGGCACAACCUGAUGCUGCGCUGGGAGAAAGCGAAUGACGAAGGUUUCGCCAUCGCCACCAACAUCGUCAACCUGAGGCGCAGCAGCGGGCAGACGGUGGAACAGUCGUCAUCAGAACAUGCAGCCAUCACAGCACAGCUGCAGCAGGAAUGUGGCAGGCUGCAAGACAUCGUCGACAAAAUGGCGGCCAUCUUGUCCAAGAUGCAGCGUCUGAUGGCGUCCCAGCGAGGACUGGUGGACCUGGAAGACUUUCAGUUUGGAUCUGAAGGCAGGAAGGUUCCUUUGUUCCACAGCUGGAGAACCAAACAAUUUGAGCAGCAGAGCGGCGUGCUGCUGAGGUGCUUCAGCGAGGAGCUGCGUGUGAAGCGCAUCGUCCAACAGGAAGUGGCCCACAGCGCAACCCCGGACCUGAGCCUGGUCUACCUGUCGUGUUGGCUGCACCAGCCCAAGAUGGCGGCGGCGGGCAGAGUGGCGCUGGAGGCCAUGUUGUUGGAGACGGGUCACCGGGCGCUGUGAGGGGCAGGAAGAGGCGUGCUCUUUGAGGAGGACUUUUAUUGCAAAGCAGGAAGUAAUAAAAGGUAAUAAAAUAGUCUUAUCUACAUAUCAACAUGAUCUCAUCCACACCCCGGAUGAAAUAAAUUAAGUCCAAACUCAAGGUGGCCUCUCAGGUGCUUUUGGAGCCUUCGAUGCCCAGCAGGGCCUGGACCGCCUCCAGGGGGACGCCUUCCGGGGUCUGGAUGUGCAUGGUGGUCCCGUCGGGGCCGUUGACAAUGACGAUGCCUUCUUGUCCGGGCUCCGCCAGCUGGACCGUCAUGCCUUCAGUCUGGAUGUAGAUCUCCUCGCCCUCUUCCAGUUCUUUGGUCUGGCAGGACUCCGUCGGGUCUUCUGAGGCGGUCUGGCUCACGUUCUGGACCGUCCAGGCUGACUUAUCUGCCUCCUCUGUGGGCGGGGCCUCCUCAUUCUCACCGGUGGUCACCUCCAUGGGCGUGGCAGGGGGAGGAGCCUGU